UCUCCUCUCCUCUCCUCUCCUCUCCGCCCCACCACCACCAUCUCCCUCUCCCUCUCACCGCGCACCUCCACCCUCCCCGGAAUUGAACCACCGUGCCGGCCCGCCCGAUCCGCGACAGCCAGCCCCGCCGCCCGGAGCAAGGAGGACCGUCCCUUCCAGACAAGGCAGGUGUUCAGUGAAGGCAUGGCGCAUGAUGAAGCUGUGUCUGCGCAGAAGACUGGAAAAUCAGGUUCACCUCCUAAGGAUCAACCAGCUCCCUGUCCAUAUCCUGAUUGGUCGGCCAUGCAGGCAUACUACGGUUCUGGUGUCAUGCCACCGGCAUAUUUUGCUCCAGCCAUAGCUGCAGGUCAUCCACCUCCGCCAUAUAUGUGGGGUCCUCAGCAUAUGAUGCCACCUCCUUUUGGAACGCCAUAUGCUAUGUACUCACAUGGUGGAGCUUACCCGCACCCGCUUGUGCCCAUGAUGGCAAAUCCAUUGAGUGUGGAGCCAGCCAAAUCUGCAAACAGUAAGGAUAAAAGUUCCAAUAAGAAACUUAAGGAAAUUGAUGGGUCUGCAGUAUCUACUGGCAGUGGUAACAGUAAAAAAACAACAUCCAGUGGGGAUUAUAGCGGAGAAGGCUCGAGUGAUGUAAAUGAUCUGAAGGUGAGCGGGACUCCUAGGAAACGGAGCUUGGAUGGUGGAUUUGACACAGAAGCAACUGCGGCAGCAAGGAAUAAAGACGUUGUAGCUUCUAAUCCUACCAUUCGAAAUGGCACAAUUUUGCCAAACCAAUGCUUUCCAGCUCCGGUCAUUAAACCCAGUGUUACCAAUGUUGCUAAUUCGAGAGCAAUAGGCACACCGGUGUCUCCAUUGCCAGGUGUUAUGGCUCCAAUUCAUACCGGAAUAUCAACUGAAUUAUCAUCUAAGGAUGAGAGGGAAGUAAAGCGUGAAAAGAGAAAGCAAUCAAAUAGGGAAUCUGCUAGACGGUCGAGGCUGAGAAAGCAGGCCGAGACAGAGGAGUUGGCUACACAAGUAGAAUCGCUUACAGCUGAGAACACAUCUCUAAAAUCUGAGAUCGGCAAGCUAGCAAAAAGCUCUGAGAAGCUCAGAUUAGAGAAUUCUGCUCUAGUGGUGAAACUUAAGGGCGCGGCAGCACCAGCUGACGCAGAAAUGCCUCUGGACAAAUCAGCAGCAGCAGCUGCUCCAUCCUCCUCCCCUCGCAUUGUGGAGAAUUUCUUGUCGAUGAUCGAUGACACAAACAAGUCAGGUGUAAACAACCACAUGGAGCACAGCGAGCCCAAGCUCCGCCAGCUCCUCGGCUCCAGCACGACGACGGAUGUUGUAGCUGCAAGCUGAUUGAUUCGCCGCAUUUCUCUGGCGCAGACUAAUACCUUGCAUGCCACCUGGGGUUUAAACAAGCUCAUGCUGCUCACAUAACAUCGGCGUUACAGUGUAGGUAUAUUUGUUUGAUGAGUAUAAUCAGGAACUCCGGCGGUUAUAUUUACUCCGUAUUCCGGUUCCCAACAGCUACUGUACUUUUAGGCACUGAUGCUGAAGUCUCGUUGUGUCCAUGUUUUCACUGUAAUUUUAAUUAGCAGUGUUGUAAUAUAGGGGUGUUGUGCUUCAUGCCAACCUUUCUAAAGACCUUUUGAGAUUUCUGAACCUGUGGUGCCAUACAAACUAGAAGUGUGAAGACAGUAUAUGCAAGAAGUUAUGGGAACAUAUACCCAAAUUUAGUGUUUAA